AUGGGCGUCGUGCACACGCUGCAGCUGUAUCUGGCGGCGGGCAUCCUGCAGCCGGGGCCCAGGAAGCUCAGCUGCUCGGUGGGAGGGGAGGAGCACUACGCAGACCUCGGGGCCAACGGGCAGAUCCAUUUCGAGGGCCUGGAGUUCAGCACGCCGUCCUCCUUCUCGCUGUACAUUAAGCGCAAGCAGAACCCGGCGCGCAAGGCGGACGACGGCUGGACGUCGGUCAAGUACGAGGGCACGAGCCUGUUCGAGCUGCGCGAACUGUGCGACCUGCGGGAGGAGCCCGAUGGCGCCGAUCGACCACACCUCCGCGACCUGAAAUCGGACUUCGGCGCGGAGCGCGGGCGAAUCAUCGAAUCGGGUAGGGGGAGAGGAGCCAGGGCGGCGCCACGGGGCGAGGCGGCCAGGGCGGCCGGCGGCGAUCGGCCCGCCCGGGGUGGGACGCCCGGGCGGGGGCCAGAUUCCAACGGGUCGCAUUCUGCGGACGCGCAUGCCAACGGUUCCAAUCAGAGCGGCGGGGGUAUGGCGGACGGCGGGCGGGCGUGGCCAAACGGCUGCCGGCUUGUGGAGGGGCAGAACUGGCCGUGCGUGAAUCGGGGAAAAGUGAAUGAAAUUGGUGGGGCAGGGGGUGGAUAUGAUGAGGGGGGGAGGGAGUGGAGGGGGAGGAAUAACGGUGUGAAGGCGGAGGGGGGUGUGAAGGGCGAGGGGGAAGACCGGGGGGCCACGCCGGCGCCGAGCGCCAACGGCGACGAGACAUGGAUUCUGUGCGAGAAAUGCGACAGGUGGAGGAGGAUCAAGAUGGAGACCGUUCCCGACGGGCCCUGGCAGUGCUGCAUGAACGCGGACAAGAGAUUUGCUUCCUGCGAUGCCCCGCAGGAGAUGUCCGAUGCAGAAGUGGACAGUUUUCUUGAGGAGGAGCAGCUGCGGAGGUAUGUGUCGAACAGUCCACGGCCACCACUGGACGUCUGCACCAGCAGCGAGUUCGAAGCCGAUCUCAUCUCCUUUUUGAGAGAGCUGGGUGAAGGGGUGAAGGCAGAUCAGAUUCGAUGCAAGAGGGUACAGUGCAACAACCGGCCCCUGGACGUGUUCGGCCUCUAUACCGCGGUCGUCGAGUGCGGCGGCUUCAUCGCCAACGAGAAGUACGACGAGCACAAGCGCUGGAUCGGCACUCUCAACUUCGCGGGCGUCAUCUUUCCCAAGCUGGCCAACUACACCAAGGACAACCGUGCCACCAGCGUGGGCAACCAGCUGCUGUGCAACUACCGCAAGUUUUUGUACGACUACGAGAGGGCGUGGAGGCACGUGGACGUCUUUGGCGCGGAGCGGCCGUGGCCGGCGUCCGGGCGUCGCGGCGCGCCCGGGCCCGCGGGGCCCAGGGCUGUGGACAGGGCGGCCGGGAUGGAGGAGAUGGGAUGCUGCGAGGAGGGGUGCGUGGGAGGGUCCGGCACGCGGGGCGCAUCCCCGGAUUCUGAUCUCUCCGGGCCCUCGGCGCGGAGGUACAGCGCGCUGCUGAUGCUGGCCGGAAUCAUGUGUGCGGAGCGCGACUCGCCCAAGCCCGCCGCCUGCGGCCCCCCCGGCAGCAAGGGUCCGCGUGACCACUGGCGCGAGGCGCAGCGCGCGGUGGCAAAAGCGGAAGAGGAUGAUGAUCGUGGGGAUCGCGAUGCGGGCGGAUCUCCUGGCGUGGAGUGCGGCCACGGGGAGGAGGUCGACGCGGAGGCAUUCCCGCGGGUUCCUGCGCCCCCUGCGGCGGCGCCCGCGCAGCUGCUGCUGGCCAGGGACCCCAACCGCCCCGGCCUGCUGUGGCCCGUGGUGGCGGCGGCGCGUGAGGACCUGCCGGCGUCUGUGGCGCAGGGGUACAGCAACGACGUGGCCAAGUGGGUGGGAUUCCCGCUGUCGUUCAAGGAGCUCAUCCCUGGCGCCGUGCCUGUGCUGGUGUUCGGCUCCGACGCCCUGGGCUGGGCGCACGAGGGCCUGUGCCAGCCCUUCGAGCCUGGCCUGGCGGCCGCCCUCUACCAGGAGGCCCUGCGCAGCGAGGACCCCUCAGAAGAGCAGGUCUUCUACAGGCGCGUGCUGAAGCAGGCGCUGCAGUACGGCGCGGACGCGCAGCCGGCGCCCGUGAACUGCGUGGCGCCGAUCAGCUUGGAGAUGGUGGCGGCCAACCUGGUGGGCCUGGAGAGCGACCUGCCGACGGAGGUGUUGGGCGGGCAGAACUUCGCGACGUGGCACCAGUGGCGGACGCGGGUGCGGAAGGCGGAGACGGCCGCGGGGCUCGCCAGCGAGGCUCUCCUGCUGUUCUACCAAAUAGACCCAGACGUUAUCAGGAGGGGCGCAUCGGGCCUCUGGCAGGAGCUGGAGCACCUCCUGGGCAUCGGACAGACCAAGGUGCCCACGAUCCUGUCUGUCGAUUCGGCCAUACAUCUGAUGAAGAACACGAUCGACUGGAUUCGCACAUACAGGAGGCUCCAAGCUUCGGGGAAGUCAAACAGUUCCAAGAAGAGGGCGGGAGUAAAGCGGAGGGCGGGGGAAAUGGAGUGUUCCAAAGACGCCAUGCGUGACCAACUGUCCUAG